AUGAGUCAGGCAAGAGGUCGUGGUGGCACUGCGGCGAAGCCAGAGUACGUCAAGGAGUCGCAGAAUGGCGACGCUCCGCUGCCCAGGUUUGGGCACACCACGACCUUUGUGGGAGACAACCGGGUGGUGCUGUUCGGUGGUGCAACGGGCGACUCAGGUCGGUACACCAUCACGGCGGAUGCAUUCAUGCUGAACGUCUCUAGCAACACGUGGUCACGCGUGCAAGCGGAAGGAACGCUGCCCUUUGCGCGUGCCGCGCAUGCAGCGGCCUGCGUGGACCAUUCCCAGAUGGUGAUCUAUGGUGGUGCCACUGGAGGGGGCAGCUUGUCGUCUGACGAGCUCUACUUGCUGGACAUCCGCAACGAGGAGCGCUCGCAGUGGAUGUCAGUUCCUGUGAUGGGAUCAACUCCCGGAAGAAGAUAUGGUCACACCAUGAUCUUCAACAAGCCUUUGCUGAUCGUUUUUGGUGGCAACAACGGCCAGCAGGCAGAAAGCGACAUUUGGGUUCUAGAUGUGGAGCGCUCGCCCUUCCAGUGGCAAGAGGUGCAAGUCAUGGGGAAGCGUGUGCCGCUACCCCGCGUCUACCACUCGGCCGAGGUGUGCCGUGAUGGCCCGGCCGCCGGGAUGAUGGUUGUCUUUGGUGGUCGCACGGCCGAAAACAAGUCACUGAAGGACACCUGGGGACUCCGACAGCACCGCGACGGCCGCUGGGACUGGGUGGAGGCUCCCGCUAAGCGUGGGCCGCCUCCGGAACCCAGGUUCCAACACUCCUGCAUUUUUGUGGACUCCAAGCUGCUGAUCAUUGGCGGCCGUGGUCCAGAAGUCAACAAGCCUUUGCCAACGGCCGUCUACGACACUGAGACAUGUGAGUGGCACAAUGUCUGCAGCGUUCAGAGGUUUCGCCACUCUUCUUGGGGUAUGGGUGGCCUGCUGUUUUCGUACGGUGGCUUUGACCACAAGAACCCGUCAUCACCGACCGCCGAUCUUCAGGCUAUGGAUAUUGAAAGGGCGAUUGCUGCAUCACUCACGGGAGUUGCGCUUGAAGAUGGCGACGCUGACAGCCCCGCAGACACCUUGGGUGCUUCAGCAGAGGCGGGCCCCCCGGGAAGCACCCUGGACAUGGCCACAUACUCAGGAGCUUCGCGAGCAGCUCCCAGCCGGCCCGCAGAUGGACAGCGACCGGCCACACCGCCUCGAAGUAGAGCGCUGGCGCCUGCGCCUGCAGCCCGGACCGUGGACCUCACGCCUGGCGACGUCAAAGUGUCACCGCAGGUGUACGUCAGCCACGAGAAGGAUUUCACACACUUGGUUGAGAAGGUUGCAAUAGAGAGCCUUGUGGAGGAGGGUCGGAAAAUUCACUCCACCAACGUGAUGGCGAACAUCGCCAGAAAUGUUGGGGAAGAAGGUGUGCACAACCAAUGCAUCAAUGCGCUACUACAGCCGACAACAUGGCAGCCAGAUGCCAAUCCGAACGGCUUCUUCCUGAACUCGGCGGAGGUCAGCCGAUUGUGCGACUUGACCCUGGAGGUGCUGAAGUCCCAGGAGAUGAUCUUGAGGCUUAGAGCACCAAUCAAGGUAUAUGGCGACAUUCACGGCCAGUUCCUUGAUUUGAUGCGUCUCUUUGCAAGGUACAAGGCGCCAUCGGACGGAGAGCAUGGCGACAUCGACUCCAUGGACUACCUGUUUCUGGGUGACUUUGUGGACCGCGGAGCAUUCUCGCUGGAGACGGUUUGUCUUCUGUUCUCGCUGAAGGUGAAGUAUCCCAAUCAAAUUCACUUGAUCCGCGGGAACCACGAGGAUCCCACUAUCAAUGCCAUCUAUGGAUUCCGUGAUGAGUGCAGACGGCGCUUGAAUGAGGAGCCUGAAGAUCCUGAGUCGUGCUGGAACAAGUUCAACAGGGCCUUCGAAUGGCUUCCAGUCGGAGCAGUGAUCGAGGACAGAAUCCUCUGCCUGCACGGAGGUAUUGGAGGCUCAGUGAAUUCCAUAGCGGAAGUUCGCACAAUGCAGAGGCCGCUGCACGUGGCCCAAAUUCCGCAGACGCCCUUCGAGCAGCGCAUCACGGACUUGUUGUGGAGCGAUCCUUCAGACAACGAUUCUGUGCCGGGAGUCACGCCCAAUGAGACGCGCGAUCCAGAUGGCACGGGUCGCAUUGUGAAGUUUGGUCCAGACAGGGUGGAGGAGUUUUUGGAGAAAAACAAGCCCUUGUCGAUGAUCAUCCGCGCACAUGAAUGUGUUAUGGAUGGCUUCGAGCGCUUUGCCAAUGGCCGUCUCAUUACAGUCUUCAGCGCUACGGACUAUUGCGGGCACCACAAGAACGCGGGCGCGCUGCUUUUUGUGCGCCGCGAUCUGACAAUCGUGCCCAAGCUGAUCUACCCUGUUGAGCGAAUGACGACCAUGUGGGACCCGAUGGUGAUGCAGCAGAGACCUCCCACGCCACCUCGCCCUGUACCAAGAGCUCGGAAGCUCGAAGACGAGCCUGAAUGGUGA